GGAGCUAAAGCAAGUCUCAGUUCCUAAUUUGAAAUAACCAAUUUGCAGGGUUUAGAUGUUUUACUCAGCUGUGGGAUCUGAUCACCACGUUUAAGUCUGUCACAAAGAGCAGUGCCAACAAACCCAUCACCCACUUCCUGUUAGUGAAGAGCAGUGAAGCUGCAGCAGAGCCUCACAAAGCUUUGAUUAGCAGGAUUGAGUUGACUUCUCAGAAGAAUGGCGAAUUGGACCAUUAUGAACGAAAGCCCAAAAGCACUGGGGACUGUCCAGAUCAUAAUUGGAGCAGUGGUGUUCCUCUUUGGGUUUGUUCUAAAAUCUGUUUCUGACUCUGAAAUCAUCAUCAACAGUGUCAACAGCAAUAUCAUAUACUGGGGAUCUUUUAGUUUCAUCAUCUCUGGUGCUCUGUCUGUUGCUUCCCUGGACACCAGUCAUCCUUCUUUGGUGAAAGCAGCACUGGCUAUGAAUGUGGUCAGUCUUGCGAUUGCAAGUGCAGGGGUCAGAGUGUUCUCCGACGAUCUGCAGAAGUCUCCAGAAUACCACUGUUCACAUAUAUUUUAUCAGAGGGAACUGGCACUGAUUUUCUGUAGAUUCUUUUGGAAACAUACGAUUGGAAACAGUAAAGUGCUUCUGGGAUUCUCUGUUCUUGAGAUCAUUGUCUCCAUCGCAACUUUUGUACUGACGUGGAAAGUCAGAAGCUCCACUGAAACCACGUCUGCAGCAGUUCCACAUUCCACCUGACGGGAAGCUCCACCUCGUUCCUUUACUCCUCUUCAGAGAUUUUUGAAGUGUGUGUGUGUGUGUGUGUGUGUCUGCAAUAUCACAUCAAUCCUGGAUUUUCUUCUGAUGUUACAGUGUGUUUUUCCAUGAUUUGGUUUAUUGAUUGUUUGUUUGGCUCAAUGCCUUGUUUGGCUCAAUGCCUUAAAUUGUGUGUGUGUGUGUGUGUGUGUGUGUGUGUGUGUGUGUGUGUGUGUGUGUGUGUGUGUGUGUGUACAGUACAUGCAUGUAAGAUUGUAUUGUUUUUGUUAUAGAAUGAAAUGAAACGGUUGUAACAGUGCAGUAGAAUUGUUUGUUCAGAAUGUGUAACCCUUUGAGUCAUUCACUGUGAAAAUAAUGUUCAUGUUCAAUUCUUAGUAUAUGAUCACAUUAAACUAGAUUUCAGAGUAGAAGCACGUUAGAUGACUUUUCAUUGCUAAUGAUUAUACACUUCAAAUACAAAUCAAUUAUCAUUACAAUCACACACUCGACCAGACUAGACCAUGUCCAGCACUUUCAUCUUUA